AUGUGGCUACUAAUACGAACAAUGACAACGUUUUAUGGUCAAAAAUCAGUAGUUCAGUCGUACGUUUAUCAAAUUCUUGAUUGUCAUGUGCUUUGGACUAUUCACACAAUACUGACAUCAAUCAGUUUAUGGAUUUCUGCUGUUUUAGCUUUUGAACGUACACUAAUCGAAUUAUUUCUAUUUCGAUUAUUUGGUACAACAAAAAUACAUGCGAUUAUAGUUUCAUUAGCAUUUUUCAUUUUUAUACCAUUCUGUCGUAUACCAACAAUUCUAGGUAAAAAAGUAUUACCGGAUCCAGAUGAUAGUUCUUUAUUUAUUUGUACUUUUCGUAUGUCAUCUCUAUUAGAAAGACUUGAACAAAUACAAGCAUGGAUUAACAUGCUUGGCCCAUGCAUUGUACAUUUCCUAUCGAAUAUACUAACGUGUAUCAGUAUUGUUCGACGAAAAGUAUCAUUAUCUCAUUAUGCUAGUAAUCAUUUAACUUAUCGCCAAGCAUGGUUGCAACAAAUUUCAUUACAUCGUGAUUAUUUUAUUUGUCCAUUAGUUAUUAUAUUAUGUCAAUUACCACAUUUAAUAUUUUUUGCUAUAACGAAUACUGUAUUUCCCUGUUUAGAAGCUAAACUGGGUGUCUAUUCACAUUUACAUAUUCUAUCGGCUUUACUCAUUAAUAUACCUCAAAUAUUAACGUUUAUUAUAUUUAUUUAUCCGUCAAAAUUUUAUAUGAGGGAAUUUUAUUCUUCAGCAAUAAUCGGAUAUGUAGUUAAGAAGUUAAAACAAUAA